CUCCUAGUGCUUGAAGAGUCUCUGUUUACUAUAGAGUAACAUUGUUUUUGGACGGUAAAAGCUGCAGGGGACCGAAACGGCCCGAGAUCGGAUUUUUUUUUGCGUGAGAAAUUGGAUGUGUGGCGUGAGUGCGUGUGAAAACAGGCAAAACCGUGUGUCACACUGCGAAAGCGUGAGAGUUGGGUCUGAUAUCAUUUCAGGCUUACCAUUUAGUUUUAAACUGUUUAUAUAGUUUAUAAGGACAAGAAACCAGAUGUGGCAUUAUUAGUGCUAACGAGGGAUGUGGAAGGUUAGGUAGUUACUGGAUCGUUAUAAUGACAGUAGAGUAAAUUAGUUUGGAUUGUGUAGGCUGCAGGGUGCCUGUGUCUUUAAGACUGUGCUUUCCAAUACUUUAGGGCGAUGUUCUGUCCGUGAUGUCAGCAGCCGUGUGUGAAUUGACUCACUGACACUUCUGCCAGAAAGUUGCUGUUAGAAAGCAACGUGAUAAAGACAAACAGGAACUGGAUUUGGGAUUUGGGAGGAUCGAACCGACCGUCUCUGUCAGUACAGUAUGUGGAAGUUGGAACAAGGAAGAGACGAUGAUCUCCCGUUUGUUUUAACUGCAGACAGCCAGGGAGAAGAUGAUCUGCUGGAUCCUGCUGCUCAUCAACCUGACCUCCUGUGUCUGUGGAACAUUUGUAGUGAAUGUGACACAGACCUCCUAUCAGGCAGAGGAGAACCAUAACAUCACACUGGAAUGGACGUUCACAACCAACACUGACAGUUCCCUCAACUCUCUUUCUGUCUACUGUGAACUGAUUACUGAUCAGAAGGUUUCAGUCCUGUAUUAUCUACAUGAAGGUGUCACGGUCCCACAGUCUCAGGAUGAACAGUUUAAAGGACGAGUCCAGUGUGACAAAGACGUCCUCAGAGAAGGACAAAUCAGACUUCAUGUGUCCAGACUCAGGACUGAAGACUCGGGCCUGUACUUGUGUGAAGUGAACACAACUUAUGGUGUGAGCUAUAGUGAAUGUCGACUCAGUGUCACUGCAGCUGUUGUAGAGGCCAAACCUCAGAGACCAACAGUGAGACCACAACCAGAGAGUCCACAACCAGAGAGACGGGGAAGGAUCGGCCUCUAUGUUGGACUGACAGCAGUUCUACUGGCUGUCUGUGUCGGACUCUGCUCUGCCUCCUGUCACUGUUUUACUAAAUCUGCUGAUAAGAAAGGAAACGUCUCUGUAGCUGUAUAGAUGUUGAGUUUCUUAGAGAAACAACCCAUCAGGACUAACAGUACUCUGUCUGGAGGACCCUCUUUCGGUCGCAGUGAGCCAUCAGAUCGUUGGUAAUGGCUCACCUUGGAGGACAAUUGAGACGUUUUUUGAUCCUGAUUGUUUUAUCCUGUAUAUUUUAACUGGUUAAAAGUCUGUCGCCAUUGGCUUUCAGACCUGAAGUCAAGAGAGUUGUAAACUGGAUAUGUGUCUGUUGGACUGCCCCGACUGCUAUUAGCUAGCCUGUUGGCUCAGCUAUCUGGUCGCUUUAAAUCUCUGGACACCUGUCCACUACUCCUGUCUUUAGGACCUGGACGACACGGUUUGAACACGGAAGAUAGGAGACAUGGACUUGACUCAGCCCCUCCAGUCGGGUUUCCAGUCGUAGUGAAUGUGACCCAACCUCCUAUCCAUCACACUAGAAUGGACGUUCCCAACCAACACUGACAGUUCCCUCAACACUCUUUCUAUCAACUGUGACCUGACUACACAGCAGCUCUGCUGGUUGUUCGUUGCCUUUUAUUCAUUCACUGUCUGUCUAGAGAAUGAGAUUUUUACUCAGAGUCCAGUGGUGGAUGUGAGAACAGUUAGAGCUCAGCAUCUGGAUCAGAGGAAACAAUUUGAUCACAGUUUUGUUACAUAGUAGUUUCUCGUUGGCUGAGAUACAAGAUAAACAUGUCUACCUCAUAUACCAUGUAUAAUCUAUGAAAAUUCUCUUUUUUAACCUUUUGUAUUUAAAGCUCAAUGUGAGGAAUUUAUUCAAGAUAAAAUAUAUUUUUCUUUAUAUUCUAUGGAUCAUGUAGCUGACUCCUGCAGGAUGUAAUGAAGUGUUCAGGUUCACUAAAGAUCCUUCAGAUCUGCCUGUUCUGAUGUGUUCUGUGGUCCACUAAUCAGAAGGUUGUUGGUUCCAUCCCUGACUCCUCUUACUGCAUGUCGAAGUGUCCUUAAGCAAGAUACGGCACCCCAAAUUUUUAUUGUGAAUGAAUGAGUUCAUGGGGCUUUGCCAUCACUGUGUGAAUGUGUGUGAAAGGGUGAAUGUGGCAUGUAGUGUAAAAGCUUUAACCUUUUCUUGUAAUGUGCAAUUUAAACUGAAAUGUACUGUUACUGUUUUAUUUUUGCUGUUAUUUACUGUGUUACUGAUUAUAAUUCUUUCAUUGUAUGUGUGCUGUAAGAAAAGCUUUGAGUUGUUCACACUGCUAUUAAGGAUGAAGAUCAGCAGAGGGAGCUCUUUACUUUAAGUUUAAAGUCGUCUUGUUUCAGUGGAUUUUGUUUUCCAUAUAUUUGUAUGUAAUUUAAUUGAUAACAUUUAAUGAUAAUAUUUUCAUUCAUUUCAUGUAUGAACCUUGUUUGUACUGAUUAAGCUUGUUCAAGGAUUUUCAGACAACUCUUUAUCUUUCUGUUUGUAACUGUGAGGACAUUCUGACUGUUGAUUGAUGGCUUUAAUAUCAUUGAGUUUGAAGAGGACAGGGGCUUUAAAGUUCUAUGAGAAAUAAAGAAUAAAAUAAAUAAAAUCAUGUGACUAAA